AUGGCCAACCGCAUGUCGAUGUACUCGAUGGCUUCAGAACCGGGAUUGGGGCCUCGAGGUGCCGGACAGCAGCCAUCCCAGGUUUCCACCACCACCCUGCUCAAUGCCGUCCACAACAUUUACCUCUCGGGACAAUCGUACCGGCUCGAUGCCGGGACUAGCCUCGUCGUCAACACAUGGCUAACCGCCUCAUUAGCAGGCCCGGAUGGGCGCGCCGGAGGGACUGUUGAUGCUGCCCUGGCAGCCAGAGCGUGGGAACAUGCUCGCCGUCGCGCUGAAGAUGCUGUUCAUGGUUUGCUAACCUCGACCAGGUCUCUUCACACCUCUACACCCUCGCUACUACGACCAUUCCUAUCCUCUCUCCCCGUCUCGAUCCCUCCCGUUCUUCUCACCGCUCUCAGUGCCCUCGAGCCAUUUUUGCGCUGCGUGACACCACACAACCCAUCGACCCCGAGACAAACGGCUCUUGGUGUAACCCUGACGCUGAACCUGACGGGUAACCUCACCGCGGCAUCCAUCGCCCUUGCCCAGGGAGGCAUUGACACAGAGAAGGGUCUCCUUCGCAUUCCUCAGGAGGCCGGCCACCGUGCAUUUGACGUGUUUUACUACCUUCUCACCUCUGCCUCCACGCCAGCCGAGAGGGAAUUCCUUGGCCUCAAGGCGGCUUCUCACUACAGCCUCCUUGCUCGCUCCGGCACACAUGACCCCCCAUCAUACCUCCCCACUGCCGAUGACGGCGCUGCCGCUGAUGACUUCCGGUCUGCGCUCAAGGAAAUCGGCAUCAAGGGAUCCUCGCACCGCAAGUUCAUCUCGACUCUCGCUGGUCUGUUGAAGUUGGGCAACACAAUCGACUACAACGUGGAUGAAGAUGUUUUGGACGACAUCUGUGAGGAUGUCGGCGGUCUUCUCGGUCUGGAGCCUGAAAUCCUGGCCAAGCAGUGCACCACCGACGACCGCUCCAUCUUCAUCGGUGGACUCUACGAGGCAUUGGUCGACUGGGUCAUCAAGAAGGCCAACGAGACAAUUGCCGCGCAAAUGGGUGCCGAGGCUGGAAGCAGGACGCCCUCUGCCAACGACGACAGUGGCGACACUGUUUGCUUGACGGUGCUCGAGGUUCCUGACCCAAAUCUGGGCAAGGCCGUUGCCAUGCGUGGCAUCUUUGAUGAUACCACCGGCAUCAACGCCGAAAUGAAGCAGGAUGGCAUCGAGGUCGCACCGGCUGGAAGCUCAGUUCUCCGCGAGAUGCAGAACGCCGUGGCUGAAUGCGGGCCCGAGCUUGGAAUCAUGGUUGGCACGCAAGGGAGGGAAAGGCAGCAUGCGCUCGAGAAGAGGGAGGAGGUGCUCGAGAAGAUCGGCCACUCGGCUGAGGACGAUGGCUUCAUCAAGCAGCUUCUCUUCCCUGUGCCCGCCGAGGGCAUCAACCUCGGCCGUAUUGGUCGUUUGGAUAUCUCUGCCAUUCUCGGCGCGAGCAGAGCGUGGUAUCACCUUUCUAUUCACCCCACAGAUGAAUCUCCAGCCAGCUUGGCUGCUCUCCCGUCUGUAAACUCUGCUUGGUCUGCCGGCACGGUAUCUCGCCAGCUCCGGGCGUGGAGGUUACCAGAGUGGGCAAACCGCCGCAACAAGCACCUCGACUUCACGGCCGAUUUCGACCUUGACGAGUUUGUGCAGCGGUUCCGCGCUCUUGGAUGCACCGAGGGCCGUGAUGGCAUUGAAAGUUGGAUUCUGGAGCGCGGAUGGAGCAACGGCGAGGUGGUGGUUGGUUCUGAGCGCGUCUGGAUGAGGGAAAAUGCCUGGUGGGAGGCGGAAACGAUGCUGGAUAUCAAGCCCAUGGAGGAGAGAUUGGGAAGCAUGCCUAACAUGAUGCCUCCAACAGUCGGGUCUGGGUAUUCUGCCACCGGCAGCGGGUUUUUCCCACCACAGCAGCCGUUUGCCAACUCGUCCUUCAAUGGCAGCCACGAUCAGCUUGUGGGUGUCCACCAGAGGAACAUGAGCCAGCCCAGUGUUGGUGGCGUUCAAGCCAUGAGAGCCCCAUCCAUUGCCCCCACCGCCAUGACGGGCAUGCAAAAUGCCACCCCUGGUGACUAUGGUCUCGGUACCAAGGGCGAUACCUACAAGGGUCAGGUCUUUUACAAUGGCGUGGACCAGUUCGCUGGUGAUCUCGACCCUGAUCUCGCCGCUGGAAAGCACAUCGAGGAACGACCGAUCGAGACAUCCAGAAAGAUCUGGGUGUUUGUCGUUUGGGCCUUGACGUGGUGGAUCCCAUCACCUCUCCUCAAAUGGGUUGGUCGUAUGAAGCGACCUGACGUACGGAUGGCCUGGCGUGAAAAGCUUGUUCUCUGCUUCAUCAUCUUCUUCAUCAAUGCCAUCAUCGUUUUCUGGAUCAUCUUCUUCGGCAAGCUACUCUGCCCCAACUUCGACAAGGCCUGGACGCGGAACGAGGUUCUUAAUCACAACGGAGAAGAUGACUUUUGGGUCAGUCACCGUGGCAAGGUAUACGACAUUACAAAGUUCUGGAAGCUCAACCACGGCACCUCGAGACAACCCACGAACAGGGAGUUCAUGCAGCCUAUGGGAGGCGCCGACAUGGAUCCCUACAUCGAGAUUCCGCUGCUGCUUGCCUGCCCCAGACUCGGCAUCGAGGAUGACAGAGUUGCUCUUCGGACCAACGACUCCCUGAUUGAGAACGCCAACGCCAUCCACAAGUCUGGCUUUGGUGGCACUGGUAGAAUGGCGGAUGCUGACUGGUAUACCAAGAGGUUCUUGCCUCGCAUGAAGGAAUUCUACCACGGAGAGCUGGUCUGGGAUUCCAACAAGAUCAAGGCGGCAGGCCGCGAGGAGAACAAAUACUGGUUCAUUUAUGAGGGCAAGGUGUAUGACCUGAGCGAUUAUUUUGACACCCAGCAGUACAACGAGAACAUCCCCAGAUACACCUUCCUCAACACCCAGCUCACCAACCUGGUCAAGAACAACCCUGGCGAGGACCUCACUGAGCAAAUCACCAACAUCUGGGCCAAGGCCAACACGACAGAGGGCAACAACAUCGGCAACACGCUGAACUGCCUGAACAACCGGUUUUACGUUGGUACCCCCGAUUUCCGCUACAGCGCCAGGUGCCAGGUCAACAACUGGAUUCUGCUCGGCUUCUCUUGCAUGAUCUGCGCUGUCAUUUUGAUCAAGUUCGUGUCUGCCUUGCAGUUCGGCUCCAAGAGACGCCCGUCCCCGCAGGACAAGUUCGUGAUCUGCCAGGUGCCCGCCUACACUGAAGGCGAGGAUUCUCUCAGGAAAGCUCUCGACUCUCUCACGGCUCUUCAGUACGACAACAAGAGGAAGUUGAUCUGCGUCAUUUGCGACGGUGUCAUUGUCGGUGAAGGCAACGACCGGCCCACCCCCAAGAUCGUCUUGGAUAUUCUCGGUGUCGACCCCAAGACAGAUCCUCCCGCCCUGCCUUUCAAGUCCGUCGGUGCGGGCAGCGAACAGCUCAACUAUGGCAAGGUCUACUCUGGUCUCUACGAGUACGAAGGCAACGUGGUCCCCUAUCUUGUGGUUGUCAAGGUUGGCAAGCCCUCUGAGCAGGACAAGACCAAGCCCGGUAAUCGUGGCAAGCGUGACUCGCAGAUUCUGCUGAUGAGCUUCCUCAACCGUGUUCACCACCGCGCCCCUAUGAGCCCGCUCGAGUUGGAGAUGUUCCACCAGAUCAACAAUGUUAUCGGUGUGGACCCUGAGUUGUACGAGUAUCUCUUCAUGGUUGAUGCCGAUACCUGCGUCCGGGAAGACUCUCUGAACCGUCUUGUUGCCGCUUGUGCCAAUGACGCCAAGAUUGCUGGUAUCUGCGGUGAGACGAGCUUGCAGAAUGAGGAGCGUUCGUGGUGGACUAUGAUUCAGGUUUAUGAGUACUACAUCUCUCAUCAUCUCGCCAAGGCUUUCGAGUCUCUCUUCGGCAGCGUUACCUGUCUGCCGGGCUGCUUCACCAUGUACCGUCUUCGCACCGCUGACCGUGGCAAGCCCUUGAUCAUUUCCGACGAGGUCAUCCGCGACUACAGCGACUGCCACGUCGACACCCUGCACAAGAAGAAUCUGCUCUCUCUCGGUGAGGAUCGUUACCUCACCACACUCAUGACCAGAUAUUUCCCCUACAUGUCCUACAAGUUCAUCCCCGACGCCUACUGCCAAACCGCCGCCCCCGACAAGUGGUCCGUUCUCCUGUCUCAGCGUCGUCGUUGGAUCAACUCGACCAUCCACAACCUGGUCGAGCUGAUGUUCCUCCCCGAGAUGUGCGGCUUCUGUUUCUUCUCCAUGCGCUUCGUCGUCUUCAUCGAUCUCACCGGUACCAUCAUCCUCCCCGCCACCUGCGUCUACCUCGGCUGGCUUUUGUACACGGUCAUCUCCGGCACCGGCCAGUUCCCCUUGAUCUCCAUCAUCAUGUUGGCAGCCGUGUACGGCCUCCAAGCCCUGAUUUUCAUCCUCAAGCGUCAAUGGCAGCACGUAGGCUGGAUGAUCAUUUACAUCCUCGCCUUCCCAAUCUACUCCUUCAUCCUCCCAAUCUACUCCUUCUGGAACCAAGACAACUUCACCUGGGGCAACACCCGCAUCGUCAUUGGGGAAUCGGGCAAAAAGCAAGUCGUCGCCGUCGACGACGAGGGCUUUGACCCUCGCUCCAUCCCCCUCCAACGGUGGGACGACUACGCGACCAUGAACGGCCUCCCAGGCCGCCGCGGCUACAACGGGGAGAAGGUCAUGGACGAGAACAUGAACGUCUUCAACGAGCAAUACGAAAUGGACGACAUGAAGUCAGUCUACUCCUCCAUCCGCCAGCCCUCCGUCCUGACUGGUCUCCCCGGUCGCGGUGCGGGCGCUUACAUGCCCCCCACCCCGAGCACGCCUUUCACUCCCGGCGGCCCAAUGACCCGCACCAGCACCUUUGCCGGCGCAACCCCUUACUCUGACAACCCCCUCGCCCACCGGCAGUCAAUGCUAUCAAUGGGCACCGCGGCAGAAAUGCAACGCAGACACUCCAACUCCCCCUAUCAAGACUACCCCGGCUCUCGCCCCAGCGUGACCAACCUCCGCACUAUGACAGGAACCCCGCCAAUAGGCGGCGGUGGUAACCUCGCCGUCCCGGGGGGUCUCGCGGGCAAUAGGAUGUCCACCGGGACUAUGCUCUCUGGCGGGCCAAGCAGACUGGGCAUGCACUCGGACCUCGGGCACGCCUCCACCGGGUCCUUUGACUUCCAGCGUGGCUUGGGUCAGGGCCCAGACGAGCACGCGAUUGUGGAGGCUAUCCGGAGUGUGAUGAGGGAGGUGGACUUGGACAAUGUGACCAAGAAGCAGGUCAGGGCGUUGGUCGAGCAGAGGCUGCAGUGCGAGAUUACAGGGGUGAAGAGGACGUUUAUGGAUAAGGAGAUUGAUAAUGAGCUGGCUGCUAUGUAA